AGUGUCGCCCGUUGUAAAACGAGGGUCGAUCCGAAGAACGAUUAAACCUAACCCACCAAAAAGCUUCCAAUGGGGGAUCCUUAGGAUGCAGCAUUCGUUUUCACUUUUUGAUCAUCGUUUUUUCCUUAAUUGUGCACAAAGUAAAUGUUUGUGUUUCAACAAUUCAGUGCGUGUUCUACAAAGUUUUCCUCGCCAGACUUCAGCUCAAGCUAAUUAUGCUGUAUACGUUCCCGAUACCGAAAAAUUAAAUCUACUAAAGUUGUCAGUGAAAACCAGAUUGUACAGGAUUUAAGGUUUAGUGCAGUGUUCGUUUGAUUUUUGUUAAUAAUGUGAAUGAAGUGCUUAUUAAUCAACGCUACCAACCUUUGAUUAGUUUUGUUAGUUUUAACAUCACGCUCUACCAACAAUGGUACUCCCAUUCUGUUGCGCAAAAUACUAGUUCAGUGUUUGGAUUACUUGAUGUUGCAGAAAUAAUAUAUUGUCCGUCAUGUGUUAUAAAUUAUGCAUCAAAGUGGCGCUCGUACUUAAUUAGCUUUAUACGCAAAUGGUAUUAGCGGAUCGUGUGGCCCAUAAGACUCUAUUGCUGAUCUUCAUGGUGAAGGAGCAGUAAAACUCAUAUGAUUGAAUUAAGUACAAAAUAGCAGCCAAUACGGCUGGGGGAAUUGUAAACAACAAAAUAUACAGAUUUCCAAUAAUUUUGCAAGCUGCCAAUCUCGUCUCCUAUCUGCUCAAUAAACGCCACAAAACGAAACGUUCCGCGAAUAAACGGCGUCGGAGUGUCCGUGGACAAACCCGAACGCCGUGUCUUGUUUCAAUAUUACCGAUGUCCACUAAUGAGCCGGACUCGGCAGGAACAUCUUCACAUGGACUAAGACGUCGUACAACGCAAGGUCUACUAAAGCACGUGGAAGCAGCAGCUACAUCUACAGCCUCUGCAUCGGAAGCAGAAGCCGCGGUAGCCGCUUUGGCUUCGAUGAUGGAACCACCAGCCAGCAUUAUUAUGAAAGCUGCUGCAGCAGCGGCGGCGGCAGCUGCUAAGGCUGCCGCCGGAUCUGUUACCACUAAAGAGGAACCGGAUUGUGGGGAGAUAAACGAUCGUGUCGCUUCUUCAGUUGAUUCUAGUAUGGACAGUAGCGCGCUAGCAAAUUGCCUUUCGAGCACAAUCUCAUCCUUACGUAGUUCUGGGAAUUGUAGCACUGGAAAUGGUGGUAGAGGCGGUAACAUUAGUGGAGGAGACGACAACUUAUCAGAUAAUUCAGAAUCCACAUCUGGAGCAACGACUACGACGUCGAGUACCGCAGCAGCUCAAUUAUUGGAAAAUCUCAAACAUAAUCUGAACCAUCAUAACCACAACAAUAACAACUCAAGCGUGAUCAACAACAAUAAUCCACUUCACAUCAACAACAAUAACAACAACAAUGGCAACCGUAAGCUUUUUGAAUGUGAUGUCUGUAAUAUGAAGUUCUCCAAUGGAGCAAACAUGCGCCGGCAUAAGAUGCGCCAUACUGGUGUAAAACCGUAUGAAUGCCGAGUAUGCCAAAAACGAUUCUUCCGUAAGGAUCAUUUGGCGGAACACUUCACGACGCACACGAAAACCCUACCGUACCAUUGUCCAAUUUGUAAUCGAGGGUUUCAACGGCAGAUUGCAAUGCGUGCACAUUUCCAAAACGAACACGUUGGUCAGCACGACCUCGUCAAGACCUGUCCCCUAUGUAGCUAUCGGGCAGGUACGAUGAAAUCACUGAGAGUGCAUUUCUUCAAUCGGCACGGUAUCGAUUUAGAUAAUCCGGGACCUGGAACGCCGUCGUCAUUGCUACUUGCCCUUGAUCAACAUAACCCAGCAAACUUGUUGCCGGCGGCCCUGGCAGCUAUGAACGCGGUCAAUGCCUCGUUUAGCGAUGGAAGUGCAGCAGCCGCGGCAGCUGCAGCAGCAGCUGAUUCUAUGCAGCGAUCAAUAGACAACGGCACACCGCCAAUGCACUUUCUAACCCCGCAUGUCGAAAUCUCGAUGGACAAUGCGGAUGAUGACAACAGCUUACCACUUAACUGUAGUCGUGACGGCCCCACCGGUACUGGAAAUUCCGCCGGAAAUCAACAGGAAUCACACCAAGGGAAUAGAUCGCACAACGGAACUCCUAUGCUGCAUUCAAACGGGCCUAGCCCUGGUGGCAACAAUGAUCGCCACACACCGACAACAUCAUCGACAUCUGCAACGAUCUCUUCUGCGCUGGACAUUCAUGCAAUUGUGCGGCCAUCUAAUGGUGGAACACCAAAUGUAGCGUCAACUGGAUCCCCGGUUGGUUCGCCUCAUUCGGCAGAUUCAAACGCUCCUUCCAGUUCCCAAUCUUCAUCGUCGUCGACGACUAAUACGAUGCUUCCGACAUUAGUACAAAGCUCAAGGCAUAUUAUUUUUGAUAACCCUAUUACACCAUCGAUUAGCUUAAUACCUAUAAAGCAGGAACCAACAACGAACGAUGAGUACAACGAUAUUAAACCAAGAAGCAGUAGUAGCGCCGAACCACCCUCUUCGAAUAUCAGUCAUUCAUCGGAAUGUGUAACUCCUUCGUCUAGUUUGACAUCAUUAAUCAAGGUAUCACCAUUGAAGUCAUUAUUGCGAGAAGACCUAAAGCGAAGAAUCUCGGCACGUGCCACAACUCGUGCAACCAGGAACGGAAUACUGGCCAGUAGUUCACCCAUUCCGACUAGUAGUCCCAUUCCAAAUAGUUCAAAUACUGUUACUCCUGGAGCUACUCAGGAUAGUGGCAAUGGAAGCAACAGCUCGAGCAGCUCAAGUAGCAGCUCCAGCAGUAGCUCUAGUAGCAGCAGCAGUAUAGCCGCUAUUGCUGCCGCAACUACCUCAAAUGGCACCAUCACCUCCACCGGACAGGAAACUGACCUGCUACUAUCCCUGACCACCAAAUCGACACGAAACUUACAGUGUAUCUUUUGUGGCAUCGAGUUUCCAGAUCAAACACUUUAUUUUCUGCACAAAGGAUGUCACAGUGAAAGCAACCCAUGGAAGUGCAAUAUUUGUGGAGAGCAAAUGAACAAUGUGUACGACUUCAACUCACACUUACUCAGUAAAAGUCAUCAAUGAUGUUAAGCGAGGGAAAGAGAAACAGUUUACUGGUGAUGUUUCUCUUUUUCUGAUCGCUUACUUAUCAUUGAACUAUCGUUAAUCUCACGAAUCGCCGUAAAGUGUCGAGGGCUACCUUGAUUAAGAAACCUGGAUAACGGCUUCCCUUCCAAGAUCGCCUUGAAACGGUCGGAAAUGCAUCACUAGGAUCUACUACCAUUGUACAAGAAUCGUCCAGCGUACCUUUGUUUGUUGUACCAUUAGUAGUGCCGUACUACACAUAUUACGGCUGUGUGGCUGCGUUCUGUAGUCCACACUUCUUCAGGUUUCAGAAUGAUACAAGCAAUGGGUAAACGAACCAAUAGUAAAACGAACACGUGCCUACGACACAUAGCGAUGGCAACAAGCAUUGUUACCGUUAUUCUAGUAGGUAAAAUUUGGCAGAUUUACAGUCCGUCCAGUAGCCUUUAAAGGAAAUAGCAAAAUUGAAAGCAAAUAGGGAAAUUGAUGUGUAAUUUGAACAUCCUGUACGGUGUAAUGAGAGGAUAGAUAUUGAAAUCAGAAUGGAUAGUAGACCAUACAUGAAAUGCAUG